UCCAUAAUAUAGGGUUUUACUUGUUUAUUCAACUAGCUUUCGCUUGGAAGCAGUAUUUCUAUAUACUCCAUGGAAUAGCGAUAACGUGCUAGUGCAAUUUUCAAAAAGCGCGCUUGUCUACUAAUCAGGCAUGUCACUGAGGCGCCUUGUUGGCUUGAACAACCAUUAUAGGCAUGGUUUGCUGUUACGCGCCAUUGCGCGUUGUUAAUCCUUAAGAGUAGCUCAACACAUCAUAGAUAAAAAGAUCUAAGCUAAAAAAUGCUGUAAAAAAAGAAUGAGUAGCGAUUAAACGUUAACUUGAAGGCUACAACUUAUACACCAGUGAUACUUGUUGAAUCUAAUGCGUGUUUUCCAGGCGAGUGGCCGGCGAAAGGGGUAUAUCCUUUUUGGGAAGAGUAAGCUAACAACGUAGCACUGUAUUCACCGGCUUAAGUUCGGAAGAAAAGACGAUAAAUAGGUUAAGAGCGAAGCUGUCGUUGCAAGCUGUCGCUACGAAAAAAUAGUCAAGGCGGACAAAUAGCACCAAAGAAGAUGCUGAAGGAGGAUGAAGAUCCGGCCAACGACAAGGCUUGUGUAGGCCCCCCUCCGAGUGACGACGAUGAGUGGGAGCUACUAAUCGAACCACUCGAACCAGUCGAUAUCGUACAUAAUAAUGGAUACGAGCAGGAUGAUGAAGUGGAAACACGAGUCCUUAAAGAGUCGCGCGUAUUCUCUGUUGCUAUGGAUAUCCCACGAAAACGCAAGAAAGAUGAUGAACGUGGUCAAUCUCUGGCCUGUGUGAAAGCACAGAUUUCGGCCAUUAACCGCUGGCAGCAGGCUGCAAAGAAGGCACUACGCAUGGAAGAUCCAUUUGGCAAGUUUCAUCUUGAGAAAUGCGAAGCUGAACGCGUACUGCGAUCUCGUUAUAAUCCUCUCAAGGACGAAUGGGUUAAGGACGAGAUACUCAUAAAGAUGGCGAAAGAGCCAUUUGGACGUGGGGCCAUGCGAGAAUGCUUUCGCCUCAAAAGGAUGCGCCCUACGCAAAUCAACCAUACAGUGUCUACGAACUACGUGGCAAAACGAUACCUCAAUCCCGUGGAUCGAUCUGUGUAUAUGGAGGAUGUUAAGCUCCAGAUGUACUCCAAAUUGUGGGGUGAAGAGUUUAAUAGGUACAAUCCACCGAAAAAAGUGGAUUUCUGCCAAAUGAGUAUGAUCGAGUUUUUGGACCGACCCGGCAAGCCCAUUUAUCAUCUUGAACAUUUUAUAGAAGGAAAGUACAUUAAGUACAAUUCCAAUUCUGGCUUCAUACAAUGCGAAAACGUUCGAUUCACACCGCAGGCGUUUUCGCAUUUCACGUUCGAAAAGUCUGGACAUGAACAAAUCGUUGUUGAUAUUCAAGGCGUUGGAGACCUUUAUACCGAUCCUCAGAUCCAUACUUGUGACGGAACCGACUUCAACGAAGGAAAUCUUGGCGUAAAAGGCAUGGCACUGUUUUUUCAGUCCCAUAUCUGCAACCCUAUCUGUGAGAGCCUGAAAUUAACACCAUUUGAUCUAGAUUUAACCGAAAAGUCAGUUUCAGAUGUGCGCAAGAUGUCUCAAGGCGGUGAGACGUGCGUGCGUCAGCUGGCAUCCUCAAACUGUGGCGUCUCUCCUGUGAAUUCUCCGACAACUAUGACUAGCUUUCUUGAGUGGCAGUACAUGAAACAGGGAGUUCGUGUGCGCACAUAUAGUUCGCCAGUUGAUUUGCAACUUGUCCGUGCUCGCACAUUAAGCUUGGGUGGGAGACGUCGCCAGGACUCCCAAAGUCAGGAUAGCAAGACACCUUCGCCACCUGCGCACCUCGAACAUCCGUUUCCCUCAACCAACAGCACCUUCGAUUCCCAAGGGUACGAGCGCUCCCUAAGUUCAGAAAGUGAAGAGGCUCUUGAUGUAGACGUGGACAUUGAUUCCGUCUUAGAUAGCCUCGGCUUCAGUGAGGAUGACGACGGCCCUCGUACAUCACGCAACAAUGGGGGACGCGUCCGCUGCGAUUCUGAGUGCAGCUUUCUGGGGGAUACCGAAAGUGAUAAGCUUGAGUUUCAACAACAAGUACAACAGAAGGCGCAACCAUCAAGUGUAGCACAUGAGAUUGAGUUUCGCAACAGGGCGUUUGAACAAUCAGGAGGCCAAUUGCCGCCCAGCAUUUUAGGACGUAUUCACAUCGAACUAGCACGGUACUACGAAAAUGGUCGGUUCAGUUCGGAGGAUGAUCCGCUUUCGUACAAUAAAGAAGCAGCUUUGUUUCAUGUUGAUAUGGCAGCGCAGUGCGGUAAUCUCGAAGGAUUAUUAACCUUAGCUAAAAUGUAUCAGGGAGUCCCCCAUGACCUCCUUGAAGAUGUGGAGCUGCCGGAAGACAAAGAGCGAGCUGCGAAGUAUCUUCGCUUAGCUGCGGCUGCUGGCGAUCGCGUGUGUAUGAUAGAACUGGCAAAGAACCUUGAUGAGGAAAAGAAUUGGUGCGAGGCUGUCGAAUGGUAUCAACUGGCGGUGCAGUCAGCUGAAUUUGACGAAGGUGGGGAGUUCGAUUGCCAGAGCAUGCAAGAACCCGCCUAUAUAUUGAUGGCCCGUCUCGCCAGUAUAUACGCGGUCGGAGGAAACGGUUUGAAGCAGGAUAAAGAAAGAGCUUACGAACUGUACCAGAAUGCCGCUGAGGCGGCCAUGGCAGCCACAAAAGGACGACUGGCUAACAAAUACUACGAACUCGCGGAGAGCCUUUAAAAAGCUGUACGAAAAAUUCAGAUCUUGGCAAAUCCAGUGUGCGCCUACGACUACCGCAUAUAGAAGCGAAUAUAAUUUGUUUUUAAGAAUAUUGCACGUUGUCAUUAAGAGCAGGGUCUCCGAUUCUAGGACUAAGCCACAAGAACCUGUUCGAAUAUGGAUAAAUCCAGAGGUUCCAAUAACCUCUUCUGAUGAGAGCCGAUUUUAAACAACAAAUAAUAAGUACCGUAUACGAUGAGUAUAACAAAAGGUGAUCGAAGUCAGAUGAAAGAUCUAUUAUGUAAUCAGCGAGGUCUUUUCUCAGUGUGCUGCGUGCAAUUUUCCAUCAUAAAAGUUCAAAACAUCAAUAUUCAGCAUACAAAAAUAAAAAAAACGCAAACAUGGUAUGCAAGAUGCCCCAACGCUAAAAAUCCAACCAGUCUAUAUAACCUGUGUAAUUAUUUAUUUAUUCCCAUAACUAGCGGAAAAUAAAUUGCUUCCUCACUGGCCGAAUGCUAUUUACGUACACCCAUUUCCCCACUAAAAUUGACCGCUUACUUCUUGAUAAGAAUCAACCAAGGGUACUACUGAUGACGGGCUGAAAAGUAGUGAUGAAGACGAAGACAGCGAUAAUGGUUGUAAUAACGUGCAUCAGUAUAAUUUUCUAACGUCAGUCAACAACGGUUGAUACUAUUACGUUUUGUCACCGACAACUUCUAUACGAGUUGCAACUUUCAAUACAAUGGGUUGACAAAUGCUUCACACAUACGCCCUGAGUUGGAAUUUGGUAGUCAAAUGAUAAAACCAAUUACCAAUGGGAAGCCAUUAACAAUGAUUGCCGAAUACACGUGAUUUUUUUGGUUUUUGGUUGUCAUGCCGACUUGUCGCUGGUCCUUCUUAUAUACGCUCCCCUUCAAUUUAGUAUGAUUAGAAUACUUUUUUUCGUCAUACUCUGAUGCGACGUCUACUUAAUUCAGUAUAUAUCCAAAUAGAACCUAACAGAAUCACAAUUACAUCGAUGUUCAACCGACGAAUGAAGGUGUCUGACAUUUGCUGUUGCUGUAUGUCAUGCUACUUUAGCUCUUAUAUAUAGUCAGGGCGUAUAUUAGCCUUAGCCAUAACCAACGUCAGUAAAACAGUUCUAAUAACGUUAAUAAUUUUGACCCUUUAACCUGAAAGUUUGUUGUCCUAUUGAUGUUGCAUGUUGCACUGUUGUACCUAGUACCUACCAAGACGAUGUUAUUGUACCUGUGUAUUUUCGCUCACCCUUAAUUCACAAACACAAAAAACAGACAUGAAUAGAAGACUGUCAGCUCAACAAUAAUAAUAAUACAUCACAACAAGAAAUCUAUGACCAAAUGAUAAAAAUUUAAAACGGUAAUUUCGAAGAUGGCUCUUGCUUUGCUAUAAAAACGAAAUAAGAACUGCUAAGAAUCGGAUAAGUUCGCUCCAUUAAUGGAAAAAAAUCCGCCUUAACCUGUGUGAUGAAAAAGGCGCUUUGAGAAAAUACACAACCUCUUUAUAUGUAGUAAUUCGUAACAACAAUUCCAGGCAUCUAACUAUUGUCUGAUCUCAUUAAACGCACCUUUGCUACGAGAUUCGUAUGCUCUAGUCUGAUUUAGAUAUGGACAAAUUAGAGCCAGAUAUCCGCUAAGGUCCUCGAUCGCGCGACACAACAAUCGCGUUGUCUUAAUAUGAAUUUUAAUUCUAUCUAUAUGAAAUAAAAAAUUCAUGAUAUGGUAAAAAUGUUUCAUUAGCGACUGUUUAAGAUAUUCAAUCCCGCAAUGCAGUUACAACAAAUGAAAAUCAGCCCACCUAACAAUAUUGGUUUUAUAUAAGUCUUGAUAUUCAAGGUUGUUACGACUCUUGCAUGUUGAAAUACAUAUUGCUCCGACUUAGUACUUGUAUUCUUAUUCAGCAAAACAAUUUUUAAAUCAUAUUGUGUGUACGCACUUUCUCUGUAUGAGUUUGCCGCAAGUGUGUGUUUCAAAAGAAUUUAUGACCGCAUUAGUUAUUAAAAGAACGUAUAAAAGAAUAAAAAAUGUUUUAAAAUUAUUUCUAUGAUAGUGGUAAUGAUAAUAUGUAGGUUUUUCGUAAGGCCUUUUGGACUAUUACUCUGCAGAUUUCACAAAAUUACGUUUUUGGCAAACAAAAUAAAGAAACUGAAGAGCGGAGACGUAAAAACCUAGCGAUCACGUGACAAUGUUUCAGAACGAAAUUGAAGACUGAAACAGAACGGUUUGGAGAGUGUUGUUGAAAUUUAUACUUCUACAUAUACACUGCGUAGCUCCGAAAAAUACAAAGAAAUUUAAAAUUGCAGACAAAUUUAUCUGAAUAAUACUACGGAAAACCACACUACUAGACAACAAUCACGCACUUCUUUCUGUAAAAAAAUUGAACCAGCGAUAUCUGUUUAAUAGAGACUACGACGUACAAAAAACUGCUUUCAAAGCACUCAUAAAGCGCUUGUCGCCGACCGCUUGGACCAUGCCGAUUCGAACUUUCACUUACAAUUAUACAAAUAUCUUCACUAUAAUACAUAUCCAAAACACUCGCAAAAAUUUAUGGAGCAGGUGGCCACUGCACCUCGUUUUUUUUUUGCUAACUGAUUACAACCCAAACCGCAAGGGAAGACCAAAGAAAUUGACGAACCUUUCAUGCAAAUGGAUAACGAAUAAGUGCGCGAAGAUUAUGGUGAAUCAUUUCCAAGAAUGUAACGAGUUAUUCAGCGCUUUAAAAUAAGAAAGCACUUUAUAGAUUAUCAAAUAAAUAGAUUACUGUCUAGUUGAAACAGCUCAAGAUGGAACGUGGUAAGGACAGACAUGCGUCUCUCACAAGCAUUUGUGGCGUUAAAAAUUCUCAUCAGAGGAUACAUAUAAAGCAAAGCUGAAAUAAAUUUACAAUUCUGCGCGGACACAGACCUUAAAAUUCACUUUUAAGGUAGAUUUUGACUAUUUCGAGAUUACUUUUGUGCAGAAUUGCAAGCUCGAACAGUUCUUGUUUUGUAUAUUGAGCUGAUAUUUUAAGCAAAUCAACAGCUUAUUCUACUAAGAACAUUUCGCUUUUCUUUAGCAGACCGGCAAUUAGAUCACUUAACUUCGACUGAAUUAGACACUAAUAUUGCCAUUAUUAGUCAUUCUUUUUUCAAAUAAAUAAUAUAUAAUGCUCGCUUGCUCGAAAAAUCUAUCUACUCGGCCAAUCAUUGAAACUGGUCUGAAAUUACAAAGGUAGUCAAAUACUUCUCGCAGCUAGUGUAUAUAUAAUUUAUGAUAUAUUAUACAAGGAUAUAUAUAUGUAUUUAUGCUGCUACACAUUUUUAACCUCGCGUGAUAUAUUGAUAUUUAAGUAGUGAACUGGUAAUGUCAUAAGACGACACUUAGCAGAUGUGACAUAUGAACGUCAUAGACGGCAUACUAAAUAAUAGGUCGGACUCUCGUCUACCAGCCAUUCCCCUAAAUGAAUACUAUUUAUGGUGAAACAAUUUUGAAAAAUACGCAUAUACAUAUAUUCUUACAAUUUUUACCUCAAUAAAGCGCUGGGGCGCAGUUAUUCAGAGGCUGCCAACAUAAACAUAGUUUUGAUUUUUCAUGAGCAAAUUAUUUUAGUAUUUAUUUAGUUGUACUGAAUACUAUUGAUUUUACAAUAGAACAUCUGACAGCACUAAAAUAAAAGAUCAUUAUUAACAGGAAAAUUGUGCAGAUUGAAAGGUGGUGCAGUAUUAUGCGAUUAAGCUGUGACCUAACUUGCCAAAAAUCGGCACAAGAACUUAAAAAAUUUUGAAAAAAAAA